AUGACCUACAGAAUUCCCCCAGCUCCUUUGAAGAUCACCUCCAUCCCGCUUGAAAGGAGUUCAUCUGUGUUUCUGAAGCUGGUGUGUAAGACCCAUGGGUUUUACCCAGACGAGCUGCAACUCAGCUGGUUUGUGAAUGGCUCAGAGAUUGCGACGGGGAUCAGCACUGAUGUACAGCCGAGUGAACAGGGGCUCUUUCAAGUGUCCAGCUCCAUGGAAGAGAAAAGCGCUGUGCAGCCGGGGACAGUUUAUACCUGUCAAGUCUCCCACCCCUCUCUCCAGACUCCAGCCAUCUCUAAUUACAUUUUCACCUCUCCAGAAAAUGCCAACCAUUUACCCUGGUGGCUCUACGCUUCUAUAGGAACUGGAGCUUUCCUUCUAUUACUUCCAAUUAGCAUACUGAUACUCUGUAGGUGCUGUAUAUUCAAAGGCAGAGAGAUAACACCAGUGGAAACAGAUGUUCAGGAAAUGCAGCUCAUGCAGAGACCAGCCAGUGAGGGGAUGGCAUACGCCACCUUGGAUUUCAACAACUCCAGGAAAUGCCCAGAUCCCCAACGCAAGCAGAAAACAACACAGCCACACGCAGCACCCAGGGUUCAAGCCAGAAACACAGAGAUCACCUACGCCACAACCAGAUUCAAGUAG